AAGUCCUAACGUACCUGGAGCAACGUCCGGCUUUUCUCUCCUUCAAAUCCUCCGGAGUUCGCCCCUAAAAUCGGUUUGAAAUCGUCGGAAGAUGCCCUGGAGUCGUGAAUAAUCAGUGAUCAGUGAAAAGUGGUUUGAAGUGCUGAAUAAAAUGGUGCAUUGGACGAAGGUGAUCUCAGGGUUCGAUGCUGAGGACGAAACCGUGAAUUUUGGGGCUCGCACUGUUGCGGAGCAGGAUGGAGCCAUCUACGAGACCUGGACGCGGGCGACGAUCCAGUGUGACGACCCCGAGGAACUCCAACGAGAGCCUCGAGAUCACCAGAACCCUCAGGUUCUCCCCCCGAAAGUUCACGCCUCCUUCCACCACGCGUUCCUCUGCAUAUCCGUCGACAACUCCCUCACAAUUUUCGGGGACGAGUCCUGCAAGGAGAUCCUCACGAGCAUCGGUUUCGACUCCCCAGUGACCUCGUACUGCCUCUCCUCCACGGACCUCCUCAUCGCAGCCAUCGACACAGGCCUCGUCCACUGCUUCAACCUCUCCCGGGGCUCCCAGCAGCUCUUCUGCAUCGACCUUGAGAGAUACAACUGCGGCAACGUGAUCCACCUGUCCCUGGAAGAAGCAGACGACACGAUAUCCCUGACGAUUGUCACCUCAGCUGGAAAAAUCCUGAGACUCCCGUCGAUAAAUCCCUGGGACGAAUCCUCCAUCGACUCCCAGAUCUCCAACAUCUCCAUUGUGUCCACCAUCUCCCCAAUUUCGUCAGCCUCGGACAUUCCCAGCCCUCGCCCCUCAAAAUCCAUCGUCACCCUGGGGGAGGAGGUCUUCGUCCACCCCAGGAACGUCUCCUGUCCCCUGAAAUCCAUCCCCUAUCGCUACAAAAAAUCCCAGCACUUCGACAACUAUUCGGGGAUCAUCUGCCUCACAACGGACGGAUCCCUCUCCCUCGUCUGCAGGCAGACCCUUCUCUCCAUGAAAAUUCACUCUGGACCUGUCGAGGACUUUGUAACAAUCCCUGAGACCACCGAUGACUAUCACAUGCUCGUCCUGAUGAAGCCAAAACCCUCAGAAGACACCACGUCCCUUCACCUGAUGAGCUUCCCUGACUUUCAGAUGAAGUUCUCGAUGAUCGUCCCAAAGGACUGUUACCUGGUGGACCUGAACCACAUCGUGGACCACCUGAUCUUCCUGGAGGGGGUGAGGAACCCCCAAGGGGUCAUCGACACCAUCAGGAUCAAAGCGAUCGAGGAGAGUUCCCCCGACUUCCGACUCCAGAGGCUUCUGAGAAGACAGAAAUUCUCAGAAGCCAGGGACUUUGCAAAGAAGUUUGGAUUGAACGAGGAGAUGGUGUUCCACGCAGAAGCCAGGAUGCUGAUGGAGAGGCUCCAGCCUUCUGUCCACGCGGAGGAGUUCGUCGACGUCGAGGUCUUCCUGGAGACCUUGGAUAAGAUCAAAGACGUCGAGUUCGUGUACGAGUGCUGCAAGAACGCCCUGACGAGGGAUUACAGAGAGACUAGAAGAUUAAUCGUCUACGCGAGGAGGAGAAUCGUGGAGUUCAUGGGGUCCUCCGAGGGGAAGAGCCACCAGGGGCAGGAGGGCCUCUCCAAACUCCUGAGUCACGUGAGUGAGACGUUGAGGAAGCUGGAGACCUUCGAGAUAAUUCACGCUGGAGAAUCCCCGGAAGGGCACCCAGAAGAGAGCAUUGAGGAGUGGAACAGAUUCUCGAGGUCAAACCUUCUGGAGGAAUGCACGAGGCACCUCUCCCUGGGGGAGUUGGACGCAGCAGCCCUCAUCUGGAUCAGGCACACCCCCUCAAUCUCCCCGCAGAUGACCACCAGGAGCAUCAGUGGCCUCCUGGAGUCGAUCCCAGAGGCCCUGGAGCCCUCCAGCCUCUGGCCCUGGCUCCGCCACUUCGUUCCCUCAGCCACAGCUCUGAUCCCCACAAGUCUCCCAGCCAUUCUCCAGUGGUCCCUCAAGAAAACCAGAUCCCUGGAGAUUUACCAUCGAGAGUCCUGGCCCAGCAUCGGCCUGGACUUCGCCAAUGGACUCGUCUCGAUGCUCCAGUUCGAGGAGUACAACAUCUGCUUUCAAUUUCACCAGCAAUACGCCACUAAAAACUCGCAUCUCCAGAAGCUCCAGCUGCUCAUCCAGGCGAUGUCUGAUUUGCUGGACCUCAAGACCAAGUACAAGAUCGUCAUCCCCUUGGGUGUGUACCUGGGGGACCCGGCGGAGGUCAUCCACCUUCUUCUGAACAAAAUUCACAUCGAGGAGAUCCCCUCCCUGAUGAACAACUUCCUCCAGCAAUACAUGCUGAAUCACUCGUUGAAGAACGAUCAGGUGCUGUCGUCGUACGUCACCAAGACCCUGAAGAUGUCCAAGGGCUGGUGGAUGUGGGAGAAGGCCCCCUGGGACAAGCGACUGUCCGUCAUCAUUGGACACAUCCAUAACAUUCAGAACAGGCUCCAGCAGACCCUCGAAGUCCUCAAGAAGGCGCCUGUCCCCUGGUCCCCAGCAGUCGCUUCCCUCGCUGAGGAGAGCUGCAGGUGCGAUCACCCCCUCGUGGGGCAGAUCAGGAUAGAGUCCAGUUCUGUUGCUGUUAAACUAAUCAUGAAGAAGUAUGGGUUCGCCCACGUGGGGCUGUCCCCCAACCUCCAUCAGAGGAUCAUCAAGGAGGAUCGAGAGAGCAUGAUCAGUGACCUCCUGGAGCUGACGAAGAACGAGCAGAAGAUCAAGCAGAAGAGGGUCCUGGGGGCGUGUGUCAGCCAUCACCUGAGGACUGGAGACCUCGACAAGGUCACGAAGAUCCUGGAGGGGCUGGAGGAAGAGGUCGUGGAUUUCUGCUGCAAACAAAUCGUCAAUGAUCUUCAGGGGAGGCUCAACAACUUCAGGGACUUCAGGGACGACGGCCUGGGGUACUACGUCGAGAUCCUGGGGUCAAUCUCUCGACGAUUAUCGAGAAAGGACGACGACACCCUGGAGAUGAUCCCCCACCUGCGGUCCAUCUACUUCCUGAAGACAGAGUUCAACAUCUCGAUCAACAUUCGUGAUUACUUCGAGAAUAAAAAACAAAUUUUGCUGGAGUUCAUAUCGAAGUUGAUCGAGACUGAGGCCCUGGGGGGCGAGAAAAUCCUGAAGGACCUGGAGCGAGUGUCAAAUCUGCUGAACCUCCCGAAAUUAUCAGGAAUCUACGAGUACUUCGAGGCGACGAAGGACGCGAAGGUCCUCCAGGAGUUCGUGAUCGAUCGCCUGAGCACCUGGGAGGUCCUCACGCCUGAGGAGUGCCACUUCUCCCUGAGGAUGAUCUCCCAGCUGAUCCUGGAGGGGCAGAACGACCCCACCCUGGCGAGAGCAAUGAAGAAUCUAGUCUCCAGGAUCAUCGUGAGUUCCCCAACGGAGGCUCUACCUCAAGCCCUCGAGUCCUCGAUGAAGAUCGACGCCUACAACGAAGCGGUGGGCCACACCCUGGAGCUCCAGGAGUCGCCCCUGUACCCGAUCUACAAAGACGCCUCGAUAUCCUGCGGUGAGGCCCUCGUCCCCUACCUCAACGACCUCUUCACCCUGACGUUUUACCUGGAAAACGGUCGCAGUGACACUCAUUCAGACGAGGAGAUGGUCCUUCUGAGGAGGAGUCUUCCCCUGAGGACUCGAGGGCUCAUGAACGAGCACCACGACUUCGCAGUGCUGAAGAUCCUGACGUCAGCCUGUCUGAAAAUAUUCUCUCUGUCACCAAAGCACGAAGAAAUAUCCUCUGAAAUGAGAUCGGCCCUGAACGCCUGCAACUCAGUGAUGCUGAAGAAGGUGAUAGACUCGAUGGUCUUCGACCUCCAGCUGGGGCUCUCCUGCCUCUUCAGCCUGACCCAGACGGACUCCCUGAAGCUGCUGGAGCACUGCGGACAGCUGUACGAGUCCGACCAGCGCAGGGAUCGAGUGAUAAAAGAGCUGAGCUACGAGUACUUCAGGCUGACGCAGAACUACCUCCAGAUGGAGACCCUGAAGUCCUCGAGGCUGCUCCACCACUGGGCGAAGAGGUUGGCCCACUGUGGGGUGCCCUACCGCGAGGUCCUGACGAGCAGCAACGAGGACAAGAGGAACAUCCUGAAGAGGAUCAUGACGUCGAAGAGGCCUGAAACCCUGAAUCUCCUCAGGGACUUCUGCUCCAACUUCGGUUUCAUCUUCACCGACUGCUGCCUCAGUUACCUGGAGAUUCUCCUCACCACCUGGGAGCCGGAGUUCAGGGUGAACUCCCAGGAGGGCCCCAGGCACGUGAAGAUCGACGAGAAUCAGGUGAAGGAGCUGAUCGUCGAGUGCAAGAGGGUGUCUGCUGAGAUCGAAGACAAGAACGCCAUGAAGAGGUACCUGGUGGAGGCCCUGACAACUCCGUCCUUCAAUAUUUACCACUACGAGGUGUUCCUGAUAGCCCUGGAGAUUGCUGAGAUGAACGAUAAGAUCGACUGGAUCAGUCAUCUGUGCUUUCUCCAGAAUUACACGAGGAUUGGAAAGCCCACGGAGGUGGAGACCGACGCCUGGUUGAACUGGUGUCAGGAGCCCCAGCUGCCCCCCAUCGCCAAGUGGAGACUUCCGUUUUUUCCCAGGGUCGACUUCAAGGUCAUCAUGCCUGAGCUCAACCUCAAGACGUACGAGAAGUGGCUGAGCAUCGCCCCCGUCCUGAGCAUUUCCAUUCCGAAUAUUUGUACUCUGGCUGUCAGGAACUCGACUAAUGACGCCUGGGAGGCCUCCAGGGGACUCUGCAGCACGUGGUCCAUCAACUCGAGGAACUCGAGCCUCUUGAGGGACAUCAAGAAGUGCCUGGAGUGCAUGAAGGGCGUCGACAGGCUCAAGUAUGGCACCGCGUCGUUGUACUACGUCGUUAAUCAUACGCCGCCUGGGGCGGACCUCGUGGCAGCCGCCAAGGAGUGCUUUUUGUACAUGGAACAGUGGAAGGAGAGGUGCGGGGAUGAGGCCGAUCCCGCGAAUAAAUUCCCGAGGAUCAAGGAGAAGUAUGUCAUCAAUACCGCCAAGCACAUUCUUCAUUCUCAUGGAGUGGGGGUGCCGAGGUACUUGCACCUGGUGGAUCGUCACGAAGAGCUAAUAAUCUCGCUCUACAAAGACGAGUCGAUCCCCCAGCGUUACCGAAGUGCCACAAGACACCGACCGGACAUAAACUCGACCGUCGACGCGCUCGGGGAAGUCCUCCCCGUGAACCUCCACAAGAUCCGAGGGGAGCUGCUGAAGGAGUGGCUGCAGCCGGAGCCCUCGGACUCCCGGAACGACAGCAUCACCGCAGUCUUCAGAGAGGAGCCACCCCCGACCGACCCUGACCCCUUCAGGACGGACGACAACCUCCUGCGGGCGUGCUACGUCGUCUCCGGGAAAUCCGAGUUCAUCCACUACCUGGUGCACAUAUCCUUCGACGAGAGAGAGAACUACAUCGCCGGGGUGAGGUUCAGGGCCCUGCGGGUGAUCCAGGCCCUGACCGACGAAGCCACACUCCAGAGCUACACAAAAAUCAACGCUGAACAGUUCCACCAGCACAUGAGGAGUCUCCAGUACCUGACGGAGCUCCAGAGGCUGGGGAUUGGCUACAGCGUCAGCGGGUUCGAGAGCUGCUCCAAGCAGAAGCUCGUGCAGGUCCUGGUGAACAGCCAGUUCGGGGUGGCCAGGGCGCUGGGGCUGAUCCCCCAGAUCUUCCUGGACUUUGGCCUCGAGGAGUUCGACCUGCUGGACGUGGCCCUGGGGAGAAUGGUGAGGAUGGGCCUCGUGAGGGAGCUGAAGAGGAGUCUGAUGAUGCUGGCAGGGGUCGAUCGACUCGUCAAUUACCCCGGGUACAUCUCCGCCUGGCAGCUGGUCGUCUCUGAUGGGUUCGCCAGGCUGGGGAGUGGCGAGGGCCUGGAGGAGUCCGUCGAGGCUCUGAGGAUGCUCCACGCCUGUCCGGUGGUCGACAAACUUGAGCUCGGGGAGGUUGUUGGGGGGUGCCUCAGGGCUGGGCAGGUGCACUUCGCUGGGGCACUGCUGCAGUUCCUGGGGGAGGGCGAGAGGGCCAGCGUGGUGGAGGGGAUUCUGAAGGAGGGGGAGGUCCACAGGGCGAUUCAAGGGCUCAGGGAACUCGCGGGCAAGGGCGUGCUCGGCGUCGGACAGUCUGUGAUGAUGCUGGAGAGGGCGAAGGCUGGGGGUUCCAAUGGGGGGCUCAAGUCCAGAAUUUAAGGGGUUUGGGAAGAUAAUUUCAUUCAGUAGCGAAGGGGUCGACCCAGUUUUUGAGGAAUUUUUCGGAGUGUAAGGGAGAUAGC